AUGGGCCCCGACGCGGACGUCACGCCUGCCGAUCAACCCCCGGUAUUUAACUACAUUUUGUCGUUCCUGCUCGUCGGUGUGGCAUGGGGGUUCACCACCCCGUUCAUUAGGAAAGCUGGGGUAGAGUUCCAGAAGCGACAAGAGCAACAACAACAACCUUCACAACCGACAGAACUCCAACCUACACGGUCCACAGAUGAAAACCGUACUAGUGAUGAUAGCGAAAGCGACGAGGACCAGCCACCACCUCCUCCCUCAACAACAGCUCCCCAGCCGGCCUGGAUGAGCCCUCAAUCCACGUCUUCCUCCUGGCUAAGAACAAAAAUCGUCUCGGUGUUUUGGACGGUCGUAAAUCUCCUUCGGACACCGGCUUACUCGGUUCCCCUGAUUAUCAAUUUGACGGGAAGCGUUUGGUUCUUCCUUCUAGUUGGGAAACAUGAGCUCUCCUUAACUGUGCCGCUGGCGAACUCGAGUGCGUUCCUCUUUACGGUCCUUGGGGAGUGGUAUGUGGAACGAAAAAUGAUAGCAAGGGAGACUUGGGUGGGGAUGGCGCUGGUCCUGGGGGGCAUUGCGAUAUGUGUUCAGUCGAAAUCAUAA